AUGGAGAUAAGAGACGACGACGACGACAAUGAUGCUAACAGCGUUAUGCACAAAGCUAACGACGAUGUCGACGACAACGACGAUUCUAUCAUUGUCGUAAGCUCAGCGGAUAGCGCGAUAUUUACACCAGGCGGAGGCGGUGGAGCGAACAACACUGCAGAAAAUCGCGGCGAUAUUUCCCGGGAGACGGAGGAGGGUGAAGAAAAGGGGGAAGAGGAGGUGGAGGAGGAAGAGCAACGACACCAGCAACAACAGCAACAACAGCAACACUGCGUCAUACGAUUUUGCAAUAAAUGCGAAUGUAUAAUUAAAGUGAAAUCGAAGCACGAAUGCGGCGUUUCUUACUGCAGAUUAUGCCAUUCGGAGCAACCUCAUUUGUGUUAUAUGAGACCUCUGCGCAACGAUGUUAAUUCUUCUACCGAGCCGUCGUCGUCGACACAUCCUCCGGAGGUAGAAGCGACGACAGUGACGGUAGAUGUAUCCGUCGAGGAGAAAGAAAACAUAAAUGAUAACGAAGAAGCGACGCAUCAAAUUUGCGAAGCGUGCGCGCAAAACAACGAUAUCUUCGUGCGUUGUCGCUGGUGCGGAGUGCGAGAAUUCGUAUUUCGUAAUGAUCCGGUGAAAUAUUUUGUCGAUUUUGCUACGCAAAGGACGAAAUAUUUUAAACAGAUAAUUUGCAUAGCCCACAAUGCGAAAGCGUUCGACGCUCAAUUUAUUUUGAAAUAUAUCGUAGAAAAUCGUGUCAAUCUCGCGCCAAAAGUGAUUUUGAACAAGACAAAAAUCGUCGUAUUAACAGUUGGACAUACAAAGUCUAUCGAUAGUGUGAAUUAUAUGCCAAUGCGAUUAUUCGAUUUGCCGAAGGCUUUUGGGCUGAAGGAUACAUCGGGUAAAGAUUUUCCGCAUUUAUUCAAUACUAUCAAAAAUCAAAUGUAUGUCGGACCAUUACCCGACGCGCAUUAUUACUCUCCCGAAACCAUGAAAUCGAAAGAACGCGAAUGCUUUCUCGCGUGGCAUACGGACAUGCGGUUAAAAAACACAGUGUUUGAUUUUCAACGCAAGAUAGUACAAUAUUGCCGUACCGAUGUUGAUAUACUUCGACGAGCGUGCAUGGCGUUUAGAAAAAUUUUUAUAGAUCGCGGAAAUGUAUGUCCGUUCGAGGAAUGUACAACUAUUGCUUUAACGUGUAUAACAGUUUUUCGGAAAAACUUCUUACAGCCGAAUACGAUAGGCGUCAUUCCUGCGGGCGGAUACAGAAAAGCGAACAUACAUUCGCGCAAAGCUCUACAGUGGUUAGUAUGGAAGGAGCGCGAGCUAGGUGAUCCUAUAAACCACGCAGGGCGUGCGUGCGAAUACCGUACGAUCGACGGCACACUCGUCGAUGGUUAUUAUGAAGAAACAUUGGAAACGGGAGUAACGUUGCGUCACGUGUUGCAAUUCCACGGUUGCUUUUGGCACGGAUGUACGUCGUGCUUUCCUAUAAAUCGCAAUAGACCGCUUUCGUCGGCUGAGGAACAAAGAGAUACGAUUGACUCGCGAUACGAGCAAACUCUCGCAAUCUCGUGGCGACUUCGCCAACAGGGGUACACGCUGACGGAAAAGUGGGAGUGUAGCUUUGAUCGAAAAAUGCGGGAUAAUCGUGAGAUGCGCGAAUUUCUCGAGAGUCAUCCGAUGGUGAAAACAGCACCGCUCGAUUCUCGCGACGCAUUUUUCGGUGGACGCACGGGAAAUAUCGCGAUUCUUUACAAAAUCACAGGUGCGGAGAAAAUACGCUACGUAGACGUAUGUUCGUUAUACCCGUAUGUAUUGAAGACGGGUGCUUUCCUUAUCGGUCAUCCCGACAUUUAUAUCGGCGAUGAAUGCUCGACUUUAAUCGGUACGGCUCCGAAUUAUAAUUUUGACACCGUUGAAGGUCUCGUACGCUGUACGAUACUUUCUCCGCGCGAUUUAUUUCAUCCGGUACUCCCGUAUCGCGCGCACGGAAAAUUAUUAUUCGCACUGUGUCGUAGUUGUUGUGAAACAUUUUCGCAAACGAAGUGUACGCACGAGCCUAACGAACGCGAAUUCGAGGGUACGUGGGUGAACUGCAAAUUACGCAAGGCCGUCGAAAAAGGUUAUCUCGUGACUAAAGAAGCAAGCGGAUGGUCGAGUGAAUGCGCGGACGAUGAUGCUAAAGAGCAAUACCUGCGCGAGUACGAGAAAACCGAAGGUAUUGUUUUCGAAAAGUGUAACAUCUCGCAAAAUCCCGGUUUACGUUUGGUUGCUAAACUCUGCUUAAAUUCGUUUUGA